UUGUCAUGAUGUGAUAGUGGGUGUACAUUGCAGUUGUGUAUGAAACCAGGGAUGACUUGGAUAUCAUUUCACAAUGGUGCUUGUAUAUCAUUAUAAAUGUGGGGUGAAAUUCUAUUGCACAUUCUCAGGUCAACAAAACAAUAGGAAAAUGGACAAUGACUCAUACAGACCUUGCUUAUGAGUCUGGACUUCCUGGACUGUUAAUGACAGUCUAUUAGUAUUAAUCGAGUCUUAUUGCCGAUGACAGUAGAGGAGUAUCAAGUUGCCCAGUUGUAUUCAGUUGCGGAAGCGAGCAAGAAGGAAACAGGGGGUGGUGAUGGAAUAGAAGUACGCAUAAACAAGCCGUUCGAUGCCAAUGUCCCAGACGCAGAAAUACUUCGAAAUGAGCCAUGGCAUAUACCAAACAAACCAGUGGACUAUAAAAAAAAUGCUCGGGCGUCUUGUCCGCUCGUGUCGGGAAAUAACACAUACACAACGGGCCAGUAUACAGAAAAGGUCUACAAAGUAGAGAAGAAAGUUCCGAAAUGGGUGGCAACAUUUGCUCCCACUGGAUCACUGCAUUUUGAAGAAAAGGCUUGGAAUGCUUAUCCAUAUUGUCGGACAAUCAUUGAUAAUCCAAAGUAUAUGAAAGAACAUUUUUUCCUGAUGAUAGAAACAAUGCACUGUGAUGAUGAUGGCAGUCAAGAAAAUGUUCACAACUUGAGCCAAGAGAUGAAGGAUAAGAGAGAAAUCGUAUAUAUCGACAUAGCAAAUCCCAAUCCCAAAUUCAGACCAUCAAACGAAGAUCCAGCCACUUUUCAUUCAGAAAAAACGGGUCGUGGUCCUCUGAGAACAGGCGAGCCAAAAUGGUACAAGGACCAAAAACCUCUUAUGUGUUGCUAUAAAUUAGUAUCGAUAUAUUUCAAGUGGUGGGGAUUACAAACAAAAGUAGAGAGCUUUUUAAAGAGUACAGAAGAGCGAUUGUUUACAAACUUCCAUCGCCAAGUGUGUUGUUGGAUGGACAAAUGGCAUGGUAUGACCAUGGAUGAUAUACGAGCACUUGAGGAUCGGACUAAGGAAGAGUUAGAUAAACAAAUAAACACUAAAGAAAUAAUUGGAACAAAGGGUUCAGACGAACCAUCUGAAUCGGAUGAGUGAUGUGACUUGGGCCGAUCUUCAUGUUACCUAUGGACUUAGAGAUGGUCAUCACGAUCAUCUGCAGUGUAUUCCUAAUUGCUUGAUCAAGACAUUCUUUAACCUUGAUGUAGUGUCACCCUUGACUCUGCGCUGCAGGUCACAUUUUUAAGUCGAGGAAAAUACAGGAUCACUUGCAUUCGUUAAAGACACUCGGCUUAUUAUGUAUUGACUGCCUUUUAGAACAAGUGGAAGCUCUUUACAGGAAUGAUUAAGUUUAAGAUGGUCAUGGUGCAUGUUGGCGCUUCAAUGAAGGCACUAUGUAUAUAUAUAUGGGACUGUCCCUUAUGAUUUGUCAAAAUACUUCGAUCAACCACUGACGGCACCAGUACAAUUCUUUAUAGGAGCUUGGUACUUUUGAUGAUUUUUCAAAAUAUUUGAUCAACCACAAGUCUGGAGGCUAUACCCCUUGGAGUGACUGUCUUGUCCGUCACAUAAUUAUCUUAAAAACUCAAGCAAUUAGUUAUACAGGUGUCAUAUAUUUAUUAGAUUUUAAUGUUGCUUCAAUGAAUGGUAUGAGUGGACUUGAGAAUAUCAGUAAUGUGCAGCUCGUUUCAGUUUUAAUUAUGUGCAUCAUUCUGAGGUUGUUAUAUUGAGGAUGACAUUCCAAAUACUCUCUAUGCUGCAGUAAUUGUUAGGUCGUCCAGAAGUGAUUUAUUAUGUAGUGUGUUAACCAGAUAGCUGUUGCUGAAUCGUGUAGUCUCAUCUCCCUUGUACUGAAUAAGGUUUUAUUUUGCAUUAGUGAAUUUUGGAGAAAUCAAAUCCGAGUGCAAGAUGCUAUGUGUAAAUAGACAUGUUUGUUGUUGGUUUGUGAUGGAGACAUGUAGUGAAUGUACUGUCCCACUGUCAAGUCACGACACGUCACCUCUGUAUAUUGGGCAUGUCGGGAUAUCUUACAGUGAGAAACGUAUUCUCAAAGGUGAUUUAGUUUCUAAUGUUGAAGAUUGGUUAGCUGAUGUAACGUGUUGUGAGUAGACAAGGUAGAGAUAUUCCAACAUCAUUGGACACCAAAUCGUUGGCAUGUAAUGUUUAGCUAAACGUCAGUGCCAUAACAUCUUUCAGAAUGUAAAUGCUGAUAAGACCCUAAUGCAGGAACCUUUACACCCCCACUUUCCUAAAAGCACUUCCAAUGCAUUUUAAUUUAACCUGGAUGGGCCUGCUGAGGGAAAGGGGUAAAGGGGUUCAUCUUCCCAGGUAUUGCACAUGUACAUAAUGUAUUCAAUCUUGUUUAUGCUGGAUCUUUUGAUGAUAAUAAGAUUUAGCCUAUGACUAGUGGUACCCAUUUGUUCAUCAGGUUACAUCAUGUACAUUGCAGGUUGUAAAUAACCGUAUGUACAAUUCAUGUUUAGUUGUAAUAGAAAGACCCAGUAAGAAAAAAGUAGUCCAGUAAUAUCUGUUCCUAAUUCUGUUCCUUAUCGUGCUGCAAUAAUUGACAUUUAUAUAAUUAUGUUCGUAGUGCCCUUAAUUCUGUUGAUUUGGACACCUAAAAAUUUUGUAAAUUUUCAAAGCCUUGCUGUCUACUUACGAUAAUUGUUGAUGACUUACUAGUCAUUCCAACUGUGCUUUUGUCGUUGCUUUAGAUGAAACCAUUUUUCAACACGCCAAUCACACCAAUUCUUGUUGUUUAUUCACGAGCUUAUGCUUUACUUCAAAUGUAGAUCGUCCAUGUUCUGACUGAGAAAGGAUGAUAUAUUUCAGUUUUGGUGAAGCUUUCUAGGCAUGAAAUACCUCUGGAACAAGUAAAUCUUAAGCUGUUUAGUUUUCACAACAAUAUGGCCUACCCCAGCUGAAAGCUUGUUGAAAUCAAAGUUUAGAAGUUGUUUGAAUAUCAAUAUAUGUAUAAAUGUGUAGCCACGUACAAAGUGUAAUACCUGUGUACAUGUACUUAAUUUGAUGAGUAAAAAUUGCAUGACAAGUAAUUUAUCCUCAUGUUGAUAGUGUACCUCAAUAUUGUGUAAAUAACUACAUGUAACAUUCAGAAGAAAAUUGUGAAAGAGAUGUUUGAAAAUAAAGAACUUGGCACUUUCAGUUACUAGUAUGAUGAAGUCUGCACAAUCAUGUUCUAUUUUAAAUAAUUUAUUCAAGCACUGAGAUUUCCAUGGAAUAAUGAGCAUUUUGUAUACAUGACAUGCAGGUGUGGUCUUUGUUUGAGACGGCAGUUCAACAGCAUUGUGACAUCACUUCGAAUGCAAAAGAAGCAGUGUAGAGUUUAGGUGUGCGUGGGUUUUGAGCUCUGCCAGUUUGCUAGUUUUGUUUCCAUGGUCACAGCUUCGCUGUCCAAUAUGGCAGCACUGCAUGUCAUGUACAUGUAUAGUGCACUUUUCUUGCUUCAGUAGAACCUGUAUGGGUGACUGUACUCCGGAAUAAUUCCACAGCUCGUCAUUUUCAAAGAUUUGUGAGACACUGUUUUAGCAAUUACUAUUUCAGCCAGCAGGUUGCGAAUUGUCCUUCAAUAACAUGUACAUUACUGUUACCUUUUUUUUUUGUACAAAUUUGUGUCCCCAUAAUCAGUGAAAUGACAAACUUAUGGGAAUUUUCCGGUUUACUGUACCAAUAUGUUAGAUGCUUGGUUUCGUUGAAAUGUUCAGUCUGGGAGGUCAAAUGAUGUUUGGAGUUGAACAUGUCCUUGACAGUUCCUCACUUCAUUAUUGAAAGCUCCCAGACACUUGACAGCCAACCACAUCUUUUUAAUAUACAUGUAUAUCCAUUCCGUAGCUCAUGUAGAAAAGCAAAUCUGCCAAUUCGUGUGUAUAAAAACCUUUUUGUUUAUAAUUCUUGUGUGAUGACAAUUAAAUUACUUGAGUCAACACAUUUUGCUUUGUUCCUUUUCAUUUAUUUUGCUAAGUUCUAUGUCUGGUUUCUGUAACUCCCCUGUUAAGAAUUACUGUAAUGCACCCUUUAUAUUUCUUUGCCAAGAUCUGUGGAAAACGGGUCUUGGGUGGGCGGUAUCCUCUCUCGGACUCCAUACUCAUAACUGACUGUUUGAGAUGUGACUGGUGUUACUUCUUACCAACCACUUGCUCUCUUUUUGGCUGAAGACUUGCUUGCACAUGACUGAUAGAAUCUGAGGACAAUAGAACUGGUCCAAAAGGACAUGUCACCCUUGGUUGUGACCAAAGAAGGCAUCAUGUAGACAUGACCGAUGGGAUUGGCAUUCCAACAGGGAAGAAUCUCUUCUAUUGUCCUCCAACCAUCUACAUGUAUUAUGGAAAGUGCUUUUCACCAUGGGCUUUCUAAUACCGGUAUUCCAAUUUUGGUUGUGAAGCCUAUGCAUACUGGGCACCUCUCAUACUGAAUGAAGCAUGUGUUGCUUGAUCUCUUGGAACAUGAGGAAAGGUUGAUGCUGGUUCUGUUAAUCAUUACAAAUGUUCAUUGGAAACAAAGAGACCAGGAUCAGAUCAUUGCUCAUAUUUGCUUGCACUACAAAUUCAAUUGCUUUCACAUAUCUACUGAUAAAAACCUGUCCAAAAUAAAAAUGAGUCCAGCCAAAGUAAAAUAAAGUACAUGUUUAUGCAUUUGAAAUCGAAUCCAUGAGAAUGGAGUAAGCUUAUUUACUGUCGUAAAAGUGUCAAGUGAAAUGUGUUAGAUUUCUAAAUAUGCAUGUAUUUCAUUGAAUAG